CUUCUUCAAUUUUGGAGUUUUUGCUCUGCAAGAUUUCAAGUCUUCUAGGAGCCAACAUGGGACACAGCAGACAGAUUAGAAUCUUACUUCUGAACGAAAUGGAAAAGUUGGAAAAAAACUCUUUUCAGAGACUUGAACAAGGUUUUGAACUACAGUUCCGACUAGGCCCAACAUUACAAGGGAAGUCAGUUACUGUAUAUACAAAUUACCCAUUUCCUGGAGAACCUUUUAAUCGAGAAAAAUUCCGUUGCCUAGAAUGGGAAAAUCCAACAGGAAGAGAAGAUGACUCUGAUAAGUAUUGCAAACUUGAUCUUGAGCAAGCCGGAUCAUUUCAGUAUUAUUUUCUUCAAGGAAAUGAGAAAAGUGGCGGGGGUUACAUAGUUGUGGAUCCUAUUUUACGUGUUGGUAAUGACAAUCAUGUGUUACCCUUGGACUGUGUUACUCUCCAAACAUAUUUGGCAAAGUGCCUGGGACCCUUGGAUGAAUGGGAAAGCCGACUUAGGGUUGCCAAGGAAUCAGGUUACAACAUGAUUCACUUUACCCCGUUGCAGACUCUUGGUAUAUCUCGGUCAUGCUACUCCCUUGCUAAUCAAUUAGAAUUGAACCCCGACUUUUCAAGACCUAAUCAAAAGUUUUCCUGGAAUGAUGUUGGACGACUGGUGGAAAAACUUAAAAAGGAAUGGAAUAUUCUUUGUAUUACUGAUGUUGUCUAUAAUCAUACUGCUACUAAUAGUAAAUGGAUCCAGGAACAUCCAGAAUGUGCAUACAACCUUGUGAAUUCUCCACAUCUAAAACCUGCCUGGGUCUUAGACAGAGCAUUUUGGCAUUUAUCCUGUGAUAUUGCAGAUGGGAAAUACAAGGAAAAAGGAGUCCCUGCUUUGAUUGAAAAUGAUCAUCAAAUGAAUUGCAUCCGAACAAUAAUUUGGGAGGAUAUUUAUCCAAAACUUCAGCUCUGGGAAUUUUUCCAAGUUGACAUUUACAAAACAGUUGAACAAUUUAGAGGACUUCUUACACAAGGAAAUAGGAAAAUGGCAUGCAAAACUGAUCCAGAGCAACACCUUAAGAUUAUUCAGGAUCCCGAAUAUAGACGGCUUGGCUGUACUGUAGAUAUGAACGUUGCUCUGGCUACUUUCAUACCACAUGACAAUUCAUCAGCUGCCAUUGAAGAAUGCUGUAAUUGGUUCCGUAAGAAAAUCGAGGAGUUAAAUUCUGAGAAGUACCAAGUCAUGAACUAUCAUCAGGAACAGGCAGUAAAUUGUCUUUUGGGAAAUGUGUUUUAUGAACGCCUAGCUGGCCAUGGUCCUAAACUAGGGCCUAUCACAAGAAAAGAUCCAUUAGUUACCAGAUAUUUUACUUUCCCAUUUGAAGAGAUGACCCUUUCCUCAGAAGAAUCUUUGAUGCAUCUUCCAAAUAAAGCCUGUUUUCUGAUGGCACAUAAUGGGUGGGUAAUGGGAGAUGAUCCUCUUCGAAACUUUGCUGAACCAGGUUCAGAAGUUUAUCUAAGGAGAGAACUUAUUUGCUGGGGAGAUAGUGUUAAGUUACGCUAUGGGAGUAAACCAGAGGAUUGUCCAUACCUGUGGGCACAUAUGAAAAAAUACACUGAAAUAACUGCAACUUAUUUCCAAGGAGUACGUCUUGAUAACUGCCAUUCAACACCACUUCAUGUAGCCGAGUACAUGUUGGAUGCUGCAAGGAAAUUGCAACCCAAUUUAUAUGUCGUAGCUGAAUUAUUCACAGGAAGUGAAGAGUUGGAUAAUAUCUUUGUCACCAGACUGGGCAUUAGUUCCUUAAUCAGAGAAGCAAUGAGUGCAUAUAAUAGCCAUGAAGAGGGCAGACUGGUUUACCGGUAUGGAGGAGAACCUGUUGGUUCCUUUGUCCAGCCCUCUCUGAGGCCGCUAAUGCCAGCAAUUGCCCAUGCCUUGUUUAUGGAUAUUACCCAUGACAAUGAGUGUCCUAUUGUGCAUAGAUCAGCAUAUGAUGCUCUUCCAAGUUCAACCAUUGUAUCCAUGGCAUGCUGUGCAAGUGGAAGCACUAAAGGCUAUGAUGAACUAGUGCCUCAUCAGAUUUCAGUGGUUUCUGAGGAACGGUUUUACACUAAAUGGAAUCCUGGAGCGUCUCCAUCAAAUGCAGGAGAAGUUAAUUUUCAGAGUGGAAUCAUUGCAGCCAGGCGUGCUAUCAAUGAACUUCAUCAAGAGCUUGGCGCCAAUGGUUUUAUGCAGGUAUAUGUGGAUCAAGUUGAUGAAGAUAUAGUAGCAAUAACAAGACAUUCACCUAGUAUCCAUCAGUCAGUUGUGGCUGUGUCUAGAACUGCUUUCAGGAAUCCCAAAACUUCAUUUUACAGCAAGGAAGUUCCUCAAAUGUGCAUCCCUGGCAAAAUUGAAGAAGUAGUUCUUGAAGCUAGAACUAUUGAGAGAAACACAAAACCUUACAAGAAGGAUGAAAAUUCAAUCAAUGGGAUGCCAAAUCUCACAGUAGAAAUUAGAGAACAUAUCCAACUUAAUGAGAGCAAAAUUGUCAAACAAGCUGGAGUUGCAAUGAAAGGACCCAAUGAAUUUAUUCAAGAAAUAGAAUUUGAAAAUUUGUCUCCAGGAAGUGUUAUUAUCUUCAGAGUUAGUCUUGAUCCACAUGCACAAGUCGCUGUUGGAAUUCUUAGAAAUCAUCUGACUCAGUUUAGUCCUCAUUUUAAAUCUGGGAGUCUUGCUGUCGAUAAUGCAGAUCCUAUAUUAAAAAUUCCAUUUGCUACUAUUGCCUCUAAGUUAACUUUGGCUGAGGUGAACCAGGUACUUUACCGAUGUGAAUCAGAAGAACAGGAAGAUGGAGGAGGCUGCUAUAACAUACCAAAUUGGUCAUCUCUUAAAUAUGCAGGACUGCAAGGGUUAAUGUCUGUACUGGCAGAAAUAAGACCAAAGAAUGACUUGGGUCAUCCCUUUUGUGAUAAUUUGAGAUCAGGAGAUUGGAUGAUUGACUAUGUUAGUGGCCGACUUAUCUCGAGACCUGGAGCUGUUGCUGAAGUUGGUAAAUGGUUGCAGGCUAUGUUCUUCUACCUGAAGCAGAUCCCACGUUAUCUUAUCCCAUGUUACUUCGAUGCUAUAUUAAUUGGUGCAUACACCACUCUUCUGGAUAUAGCAUGGAAGCAGAUGUCAAGUUUUGUUCAGAAUGGUUCUACUUUUGUGAAGCACCUUGCACUGGGUUCAGUCCAAAUGUGUGGAGUAGGAAGAUUUCCUUCUAUGCCAUGCCUUUCUCCUUCACUAAUGGAUGUACCAUAUAGGCUAAAUGAGGUCACAAAAGAAAAGGAGCAAUGUUGUGUGUCUAUAGCUGCAGGCUUACCUCAUUUUUCUUCUGGUAUUUUCCGCUGCUGGGGAAGGGACACUUUUAUUGCACUUAGAGGUAUACUCCUCAUUGCUGGACGCUAUUUAGAAGCCAGGAAUAUUAUUUUAGCAUUUGCUGCUACCCUGAGGCACGGUCUCAUUCCUAAUCUCUUGGGUGAAGGAACGUAUGCCAGAUACAAUUGCCGGGAUGCUGUGUGGUGGUGGCUGCAGUGUAUUCAGGAUUACUGUAAAAUUGUUCCAAAUGGGCUAGAUAUCCUCAAGUGUCCGGUUUCCAGAAUGUACCCGACAGAUGAUUCUGUUCCUUUGUCUGCUGGCACACUGGAUCAACCAUUGUUUGAAAUAAUACAGGAAGCGAUGCAAAGACAUAUGCAGGGAAUACAGUUUCGAGAAAGGAAUGCUGGUCCACAGAUUGAUCGAAACAUGAAGGAUGAAGGUUUUAAUAUCACUGCAGGAGUUGAUGAAGAAACAGGAUUUGUUUAUGGAGGAAAUCGUUUCAACUGCGGCACAUGGAUGGAUAAAAUGGGAGAAAGUGAUACAGCUAGAAACAGAGGAAUUCCAGCCACACCAAGAGAUGGGUCUGCUGUGGAAAUUGUGGGCCUGAGUAAAUCUGCUGUUCAUUGGUUGGCUGAAUUAUCUCAAAAAAAUAUUUUCCCUUAUCAUGAAGUCACUGUAAAAAGACAUGGAAAGAUGAUGACAGUGUCAUAUGAUGAGUGGAACAGAAGAAUACAGAACAACUUUGAAAAACUAUUUUAUGUGUCAGAAGACCCCUCAGAUUGUAAUGAGAAGCAUCCUCACCUCGUUCACAAACGUGGCAUAUACAAAGAUAGUUAUGGAGCUUCAAGCCCGUGGUGUGACUACCAGCUCAGACCUAAUUUCACCAUCGCAAUGGUUGUUGCUCCUGAGCUCUUUACUGCAGAAAGAGCAUGGAAAGCUUUGGAGGUUGCAGAACAAAAGUUGCUUGGUCCUCUUGGCAUGAAAACUUUAGAUCCAGAUGAUAUGGUUUACUGUGGAGUUUACGACAAUGCCUUAGACAAUGACAACUACAAUCUUGCCAAAGGUUUCAACUAUCACCAAGGACCUGAAUGGCUAUGGCCCAUUGGAUAUUUUCUUCGUGCAAAAUUAUAUUUUUCAAAAAUGAUGGGUCCAGAGACAUAUGCAAAGACUAAGUUUUUGGUUAAAAAUGUACUUUCCCGACAUUACAUUCAUCUUGAGAGAUCCCCUUGGAAAGGACUUCCAGAACUGACCAAUGAGAAUGGCCAAUACUGCCCUUUCAGCUGUGAAACCCAAGCCUGGUCAAUUUCUUGUAUUCUCGAAACCCUCUAUGACUUAUAGCUGAGUCAUAACUAUUUAUUAAGUUUGCAAUCAUUUGUAUUAUGGAUGCAAGGUCAUAAAUGCUGUAUAUGCACAGACUAGUAAUUAAAAAUCAUUCAUAUAAAUAUUUGCUCAAUUAAAUAAGAUUGUAAUCAC